ACAAAAAAACAUCUUUUUUUGAUUUCUGUACAUCUCGUCUUUAUAAACAAACUUUCCCAGAUUUUUUUAAAAGUUUGACCAACAAAGGAAGAGAUGAAAGGAUGGUUGAAGAUCACUUUGGUGGCGGUUUCGUGUGGAACCAUUCUGUCCCUUUUGUUGAUUAUGAUCAUUCAAAAAACAUGUAACCGCAAAAGACGCAGAGAUCGUUUCGAAGAAGGAAGCCCAGAAAUUGCAGAAAACGCUCACUCCGCCGCCGCCGCCGCCGGAAUAACUCAACUUCAACAUGUGAGUCUCCACCAUCUUGACCGAAACGGAACCGGUAAAAUCAAUUACUUCGUUUUCCGCCGUGGGCCGUCGGCGAAGCCCAAUUUCAGUUGGGCCGAUCACCCUUCUCUGGUCGCAGACGCCGUCGACAACGGAUGGGCGAACUUCGGGUUCACCGCGCACACACCGCCGCCUCCGCCGGCCCGAUCGGCCAGGUCUCUGCUCGGCGCCUGCGGCGCCGCUGAUAUUCAUCCGGCGGUGAAGAUAAGCUGGGAAGUCUCCCCUGGUUCAUCGGAUUUGGUACAGAAAAUCAAAUUCAGAUGCAAUUCGGACCACAUGAAGAGAAUCAGCAGCAUCAGAAACAAGUCGCCGGUAAUGACCGCCGCCUCUGUUCUGAAGACUUCGCUGCCUCUGCCGGGCCCACAAUUGGGGACUUCAUCUUUCCCGCAGGAAGCCUAUUUCGAGAUCACGAUUUUGCCAUGUGAUGAGGAUGAAGAUGAAGGGCGCAGAUCUCAGGAUGACAAAAUUAACCUCAUUCGAGAAGACUAUAAUGCCAAAUCUGCGGUCCACGCCAUGAGCAAUAGGGAGGAUAAUGGAAAGGGGAAUAGGAAACACAAUAACAGUAACCAUGUCGCUAUCUCCAUAGGACUGAGUGGAAGUGGUUGUCUUCCAUUCCGGCUUCCGGGGAGCUAUCCUGGUUCCAUUGGAUUCCAUUCUAAUGGUUCUGUCUGUCUUGAUGGGAUGGUGCUGGUGUAUGAAGGGGAACCAUGGGGAAGAACAGAAGAAAAGGUUAUUGGAUGCGGGUACAACCCAAGCCAAAAGAAGGUGAUUUUCACAGUGGAUUCACUUCUUAUGCAUGAAAUUAAAUGCAAAUCAGAGGAAUUUGGAAGCCCUCUAUAUCCAACUAUAGCAGCAAAUGCUGACAUCACAGUCGUGGUUAAUCAUGGCCAAAGUGUUUUCAAGUAUGGACCAGCAAAUAUGGGCAGAACAUCAAACCCUAGCUUCAGUGGUCCCCUGUCAAACAAUUCUACUUCAGCUAUAGGAUAUGAUGAAGACAGCAAAGAGCUUUUCUCCAUUGGGAGGAUUGAAUCUCUUCAAUGGCUGAAUAGAAACACAACUGCAGCAAGAACGUACAGUAAUGGUGUGAAGCAGCAGCCAGAAUCAGACUUGGAAUCUGAUGGGGAGUUAUUUGAAAUUAUGUUGGAUGGUUAUGGGAAAAAACCCCAACACUCUACAGCAACACUAUGAGGAAAAUCAUCAUUAUUAGGUUAUAGAUUUUUUAAUUUAUUUUUUACUUGUUUGUGAAUGUUACUUAUGGUACAAGGCUGAAAA